GAAAAAUACAUUUCUGAGAAGUUGAACCAUUGAGCAAUAUGUACUAGUUGCAGUCCCACUUCAGUAUAUAAGGGAUUCUGUACAAUCACCUUCUCGUUACACUGAAACAUGGAGCGAUGCGGUGUCUUGUUGGUAGGUCUUCUGGUGAUAUUACCAAGGACACAAACAGAGGAGAAUCCCCUUGAAAAAUGCUUCCAUGAUCCCGAUUAUGAGUUUCUACUACAGAUUGCGGAAAAUGGCCUCAACAAGACUCAGUGUCCUAAGCAUAUUGCAAUUGUCGGAGCUGGAAUGUCUGGAUUAAUUGCUGCUAAACUGCUGGAGGAAGCUGGCCACAGGAUAACUAUCCUGGAAGCCAGUGACCGAGUUGGUGGGCGCGUACUCACUUACAGGAACAAGAGCAGGGGCUGGUACGCAGAGUUGGGAGCAAUGAGAAUUCCUUCUUCACACAAAAUUAUCCACCACUACAUUAAAUACUACAAUCUCAGCCUAAACAACUUCAUCCAUACAGACAGAAACACAUGGCACUUUGUCAAUGGACGCCGCACAAAAACGUACGCAGUUGAUGACAACCCUGACAUCUUGGGCUAUCCCGUGAGAGAAGAUGAAAAGGGGAAAUCUGCUGACCAGCUGUACACUGAGGCAGUUGCAAAGAUCUCUGAUGAAAUGAAGAGAACCCCAGCCAACUGCAGUUCCGUCUUCAAGAAAUAUGACUCCUAUUCUAUAAAGGAAUAUUUACAGAAGGAAGGCAAUUUAAGUAGAGCAGCAGUCCGAAUGGUUGGUGAUAUUCUCAAUGAGCAGUCCUUGUUUUACACAGCUUUAACUGAAAGUCUACGAGAUGAAGCUGACCUCAAUGACAAAGUCACAUUUCAUGGAAUAAGUGGUGGUCUUGAACUACUGCCCAGAGCUAUAUAUCAACGUCUUAGUUGUGCAAUUCUUCUGAAAUCAAAAGCUGUGGAAAUAAAUCAAAACCUGCAGGAUGUCAGAAUUGUUUACAAAGACAAGGAUGACAACUCAGUCACUAACCUCAAGGCAGAUUACCUUCUGUUCACUGGGACAGCAAAGGCUGCUUUGCAUGUAAAAUUUAACCCACCACUUCCAGAUUUUAAAAUAGAGGCCCUUCGUAACACCCACUAUGAUAGUUCAACUAAAAUAUUCCUGGCAUUUCGAGAGAAGUUCUGGGUGGAGGAAGGGAUACGUGGUGGGAAAUCAAUCACAGAUCACCCAUCAAGGUACAUUUACUACAUCAGUAACAGUUUCCCAAGUGGAGUUGGUUUAGUGCUUGCUUCGUAUACCUGGUCAGAUGAUUCCUCAUUCUUUCUUGGAAUGAGUGAUGAUGAAUGCAUGCAAUUGGCACUCAGUGACCUUGCUUCAAUACAUGGUGAAAAGAUUCGAAGCCUCUAUGAAGGUGGUGUGGUGAAAAAAUGGAGCUUGGAUGAGUACAGCCUUGGUGCCUUUGCUUUGUUCACCCCGUAUCAGCUGACAGAAUAUUCUUCCGAUGUGUUUAAGCCUGCAGGAAGAGUACAUUUCGCUGGAGAACACACUGCCCUCCCUCAUGCUUGGAUCGAGACUUCGAUAAAGUCUGCAGUUAGGGCAGCCAGAAAUAUUAAUAAUGAAGCAUGUACUGAAGUCCUUCCUAAUGAAAAGACAGAACUUUAAAAAAAAAAAAAACUCAAAAGUGUUGUCGUCUAUAUACAAAUCAUCUUUAGGCAGAAAUGUGAAAAUACCACCUUUUUGUCUGAAACAAAUAUUUGUAAAACUUGAUCAUUUGUUUCUGUAUGUUUCUGUUUUUUUUUUUUUUUUUGCAAACUAACAGGCAUACAAUUUUAAAAAAGAGACAUGAUUUUGUACUGGAUACUUUUUAGGAAAAUACAAAGAUUUUAUGGAAUGGAGCCAGCACAAUCAUGCCCGUGAUUUGACUUAUAUUGGUAAAACAUCCUGUCCAAUGCCGCAGUGCUAUUGACAAUCCUGUUACCAACCAUUUGUUGUAGAAUAAACACAAUUUAUUUAUGUUUAGAUUCUUGGGUAUUGAAAGGGGUUUUGUGCCCAAAAGAGGUGUCACUGUCAAUUAUCUUUUGUUAAAAUGUUAAUGUUUUUGGAUAUACACUUUGGGCACCUUGAAUCCAGAUGGUCUUAAUGAAGAGUUGGAUCUCAGUAAAACUAUCUUAUAUUAUAUAUUGAUGUUUAUGAUCUUUGCAUGUACAGAUAUUGGAUUAUGAAUCUGUAUACUACUUUGGAAAUAUGUUGUUUACAAUUAUGUUUGACUUUUCAGAUAUGAAGAUGUCAGAUUGAUUUUGAAUAAAUGUUCAGCUUCAAUUAGG